UUUACCCCCAGUUGCGCACGCGCUACUACAGGGCAUAAAGUCUCACGAGAAAAUUCUAGGGUAGGGUUUGAAAAAUGGCGGACGAAGUGGACCAGCAACAAACUACCAAUACUGUAGAGGAACCCUUGGAUCUCAUCAGACUCAGUCUUGAUGAGAGAAUAUAUGUGAAAAUGAGAAAUGACAGAGAACUUCGAGGCAGGUUACAUGCUUAUGACCAGCACUUAAAUAUGAUUCUGGGUGAUGUCGAAGAGACUGUGACAACAAUAGAGAUCGAUGAAGAAACCUACGAAGAGAUUUAUAAAUCUACCAAGAGGAAUAUCCCCAUGCUGUUUGUCAGAGGAGAUGGAGUUGUACUUGUAGCUCCUCCCCUGAGGGUUGGCUGAAACUAUGAAAAUGUGUCCUUUGCAAAGUGUCAGACCACGGGACACUGACUUCUGCUGUUCACACAAUAAGAUUUUGCAUCUCUUUUACAGAACAUUGUCAGCGUUCAACAAUAUGUUGUAAAGGCACCAUUUUGUUUGGGAAAAACGAUUUAAGAGUUUACCAUAUUAAUUUAAUUAUAUAACAGUUUCUUGUGCCAGUUAAAUCAGUGGAUUUAACGUAUUUAAUUAAAUCAGUUGCUUCAGUUAAAUCAGUGGAUUUAACACAUUUAGUUACAUUUGUGGCAGUUAUCUUUUUAAAAAAUAAAUCUCUAGUUUGCUUA